GUUUCAAGUACAAAAAGUCUUAAAGGAUUGUGAUUGUGAUUGCUCAAUGACAGAGGCAAAAUUGACAAAAUUAGUCAUAGUAUGAUAAAAGGAGGCUCAACCAAUGAUAGCUGCCCUCUUGGUCCCAAACUUAGAGAGAAAAAAAAGCACCAAAUGACGUAUGUCCUUCAUCAACUUUACCCCACUGUUUACUCAAACCCACAUUACUCACUCUGCUAGGCUGAAGAGGAGGUCACAUUUUGUCCCAGAGUUAAAGCAGAGCAGGUAGACGCACAGGAAGAGACGAGAGGAAACAUGGUUUUUAUGACUCUACUCUGUCUACUCUUACUGCGGCCUGGAUCUGCCGCUCUAAUGACUUCUCCAUUGGACGAGCCUUUUCAUCACUCCCCCAGUCAAAGAGAAAUAGUUUCCUCUUCUGGUUUUGAUGCCUCAGAGUUGGUGCGUUUGCCUCGAUCGGCUGCAGUGCCUGAUGUCACACAUCUUGAACUCCUGGUGGUGGUCGGACCUGACGUCCAGCUGGUCCACAAGCAGGACACAGAGCGAUACAUCCUCACCAACCUCAACAUUGCCUCAGAGCUGCUGAGAGACAUGACCCUGGGUGCCAACAUGAGGGUGCACCUGGUCCGCAUGAUCAUCCUUACAGAGCCUGAGCCAGAGAUCCAGAUGUCCACCAACAUCACCUCGUGUCUGAGAAGUGUGUGUGACUGGGGCAGGAGGAUAAACCCCUCUAAUGACACAGACCCUCUACAUGCUGAUCUUCUCGUGUACAUUACAAGGUAUGACCUGGAGCUGCCUGAUGGGAACAAGCAGGUCAGAGGUGUCGCUCAGCUGGGCGGAGCUUGUUCCACUGACUGGAGCUGUGUGAUCACAGAGGACACCGGCUUUGACCUCGGGAUCACUAUCGCUCAUGAAAUUGGCCACAGCUUUGGGAUCAACCACGACGGGGUGGGAAACACCUGCGGCAGGAGCGGCUUCAUGAUGGCCUCUGACGGCGGCUACAACAGUGUGGAUCUGACCUGGUCCUCCUGCAGCAGACAGCAGCUGUUCACAUUCUUCAGUGAAGGUAAAGCUGAGUGUGUUAAGGACCUGCCAGCUCUGGGAGGCUCCCUGCAGGACUGGAAACCUGGACUAUAUUAUGGAGUUGAUGAUCAGUGCCGAAUAGCUUUCGGAAGCUCUGCCAGAGCCUGCUCCUUCACCAACCCUGACCUGCCAGCUUGCCGUGCCCUGUCUUGUCACAUUAACCCUGAUGAUGACAGCUCUUGCAAACGUCUCCUUGUCCCUCUGCUGGAUGGGACUGAGUGUGCUCCUAAUCAGUGGUGUCUGAGGGGGCGUUGUGUGUCCUUAGAUGAGCUCAGCUUGUCUGUGGUGGUGCAUGGCUCCUGGUCCAGCUGGUCGGAGUUCACCCCAUGCUCACGGUCAUGUGGCGGGGGAGUCACUCAUCGCACACGAAAGUGCAAUAACCCAAGACCUGCUUUUGGAGGGAAUGAAUGUGAGGGCCCGGAUAUUGAAGCUGAACUUUGUCACCAGCAGCCAUGCAAGAGCACCCAGCUGGAUUUCAUGGCAGAGCAGUGUUCCCAAACAGACCUCCAACCUCUCUACCUGCAACCAAACACUGCCUCCUUCUACACCUGGGCCCCUGCUGUAGGCUUUGCAAAAGGGGAUGAGCAGUGCAGACUGAUGUGCCAGUCCGAAGGAGAAGACUUCAUUGUGAGCCGAGGAUCUCAGUUUGUGGACGGUACUCGCUGUGAGUCUGAUGACCCGCCUCCGUUUGGCUCCACAGCUGCCUGUCUGAGAGGGAGAUGUCAGCUGUUUGGCUGUGAUGGUGUGCUGCUCUCAGGGAAAGUGAGGGAUGUGUGUGGAGUGUGUGGAGGAGAUGGAUCAACCUGCAGUUUGACCUCGGCCUCCUACACUGGCGGACAAGCUAAAGAGUACACCACCUUCCUCUCUCUGCCAGUGAACGCCACUCAGGUUCAUAUUGUCAACAUGGCACCCCUCUUCACACACAUGGCUGUAAAGGUUGGGGAUCAGUACAUUGUGUCUGGUAUGGGCAGCAUGGCACUGAAUAUGACCCAUCCCUCCCCACUGGAUGAUAACCGCCUGGAGUAUCACCUCCACCUCACCCCUGAUCUUUUGCCUGAGAUGGAGGAGCUGCUUCUGUCUGGGCCACUGCAGGAAGAGAUACACGUACAGGUUUACCGCAAGUACGGUAAAGAAUAUGGAGAGAAAACAAAUCCAAAUAUAAGCUAUCAGUUCUACUCACCAGCCAGAAUCAGUGACAGCAAACCUAAGGGCAAAUGGGCUGUCAUCACAACACCCUGCUCUGUUUCCUGUGGCUCAGGUGUGCAGAAGCAUUUACAUGUCUGUGUAGAUGAACAGACAAACAAUCAUUUGGAGGAACAGAGUUGUGAAUCCCCCCCUCCAUCCUCUCUACCACCCACACCCUGUGAGCUCUCGCCCUGUCCCCCCAGGUGGGAAACAGGGAUGUUUGGGCCCUGCAGCGCCUCCUGUGGUGGAGGAGAGCGAGUGCGUCCUGUGGGGUGCGUUCAGGAACGAGGAGGUGAAGUGGUGAUGGUUCCGGACUCUGAAUGUACGACUGAUGCUGCUCCAGAUACUAUUGAAAAAUGUAACCUGCAACACUGUCCUGCCAGAUGGCGUGUGUCAGAGCCCGGUGAAUGCUCAGCAGUGUGUGGGCCAGGAGAAGCCAAGCGUGCCGUGUCUUGUGUGCGUCCAGAAGAUGGUCAGGAUGUUGAAGUGGAUCAGAGCUUUUGUUCAAAGCUCAUGAAACCAUCUGAGUCUGUGCCCUGUGUGGUGGAUGUUUGCCCAAUAGGGUGGGAAUCUAAGGGAGAGGAUCGGCCCAUGCUGAAGUCUGGUUUGAUUCCACACUCCAGUCAGCCUCCUGUUUACGUUUGGAGCCCUGUGAUCAGCCAGUGCUCAAAGACCUGUGGCAACGGAACCCUGCAGGUGUGGUUUUCCUGUGUGGAGCAUCAGACCAGACUGGGUGUGCCUGACUUCCACUGUGAUGCUUCAUCAAAACCUCUACCUCAUUCUGAGCCCUGCAGCACAUCUCCCUGCCCUCCAGUGUGGCGCUCUAAGCAAGGAGUCUGCAGUGUAACAUGUGGAGGAGGGGUGGCCAACAGGGUGCUGUACUGUGCUAAAGAAACAGAGGAGGAGGAGGAGGUGGUGGAGGAUUCAGAGUGCAGUGACUCUGUCAAACCUGCAGCAGUGGUUUCAUGUAACUUACACAGCUGUCCAGCAAGGUGGAAAGUAUUCAGGACGUCACCCUGCUCUGUGUCCUGUGAUCUGGGUGUCGCUCAGAGGACUGUGUCAUGUGUCCAGUUCCUCCAUGGCAGAGAGAGCGUGGUACCUGAGGAGAACUGCCAUGCAGCAGUCAAACCAGCCACCACAGUACCCUGCCUGGUGCAGGUCUGCACCUUUAGGUGGGAGGUGAAACCCUGGAGCCAGUGUUCGGUACCUUGUGGGUAUGGCAUCCAGUCCAGAGCGGUAUCCUGCAUGGGCCCCUCAAACCCAGAGCCAAUCAGCCCUCUAUUCUGCAUGCACAUGCCCAAGCCCAUCACCAUCCAGGGCUGCUACAUGGACACCUGUGGAGAUGUGCGACCAACCCCAGAUGUCACAACUGAAGGGCAAACUAAAGCAAAGGUUGAUGUUUCAGAGGAAGUACAACUCUCUACUCCAAGUCCAACAGAGAACAUCACACGAACCCUGACAACUGCCCCAACACCUAAACAGAGUUCAUGUGGACAGCUGCUCCUGGAAGAAUCAGGAACUGUGGAUUUAAGGAAUGUUAGCCUCCGCUGUAUCGUGUCCAUAGGUCGGCCCCUGGAUGAGGUCAUUCAUAUUAGAGUGGAGUCUGGCUCCUUGAAUUGCAGGAGAAAGGAGCAUGUUGCAUUUUUCGACCGACUGGCAUUCGUGAAAAAGUGCGAGCAGGUAGCAGGAAGUGAACUGACCACCAGAACCAACGUACUGCUGGUGCGUCAAAUUUCGCUCACCCCUGGGAGCGGAGUCAUGUUCACUUACACCUCACGGAAAAACACAAAAAAGAGCCAUCAGGACUGUGACAUUCAGCUGUUUUCCUGGAGCGGCUCCUUUGAGAACCCAACAACGUCCGGCACCAACCACACCUGUCGAGUCCUGAUCAACGCCCCUCCUGCAGUGAAGAUCAGAAUCCAAGCCCUGCACAUAGGAUUAGUAUUCAACUCCACCAACUCCCAGUCUACAUAUAUAAUGAUUCGAGACAUGGACGUGUUAAAGACGAUUGUUUUUAAAGGCCAGCAGCUGUUUCAGUGGAAGUCGUCUGGAAAUAUGGCAGAGAUUGAAUUUCAUGGAGACUAUCUUCAUAACAAAGGGAGUUUUCGAGCUGAGUAUUCUUUUAUAAGUCAUUGAUACUUCAUAUUAAAUAUUUGAAGGAGGUUUGAGGUAUAUAAUUCACCUUUCCUUAGUGUAACAG